AUGGACAUUUCGCUGACCCUCUUCUCUCCACAGGUCGUCAUCGAUGGCAAGGGCCAUCUCCUUGGCCGCCUUGCCUCCAUUGUGGCCAAGCAGCUCCUUAGCGGUCAGAAGAUCGUUAUUGUCCGCUGCGAGGCGCUCAACAUCUCUGGCGAGUUCUUCCGCGCGAAGCUCAAGUACCACGCCUACCUCCGAAAGAUGACCCGAUACAACCCCACCCGCGGAGGUCCCUUCCACUUCCGUGCCCCCUCCCGAAUCUUCUACAAGGCCGUCCGUGGCAUGAUCCCCCACAAGACUGCCCGUGGUGCCGCCGCUCUGGAGCGCCUUAAGGUCUUCGAGGGUGUUCCCCCUCCCUACGACAAGAAGAAGAAGAUGGUCGUUCCCCAGGCUCUCCGAGUCCUCCGACUCCAGCCCGGUCGCAAGUACUGCACCGUUGGCCGUCUCAGCCACGAGGUCGGCUGGAAGUACCAGGACGUUGUUGCUCGAUUGGAGGAGCGAAGAAAGGCCAAGGGCGCCGCUUACUACGAGCGCAAGAAGGUCGCUGCCCGACAACUGUCCGACGCGAAGAAGAACGCUGGCACCAAGGAGGAGACUGCGAAGGCCCUUGCGGCCUUUGGCUACUAA